UAAAUGGUGCCUGCCACUUGCGCUGACCUUGCCAUCAGCUCUUCAAAAAGAGCCUUGAACUUGAAAGCAUUCACCCAAUCCAUCCCUAUGGCCGAGAUAUGAUCAUAUCUCAUGAACUUUUGAGAUGCCUUGACCCCUCUUCUGGUAAAAUAUUUCUGUCAAGGAUUAUGGACGUGCGAUGCAGCUCUGCAUUACUUUCAUGCAUUAUGAAUGUAAUCAGCGAAAGGAACGACAGAAUACGUUCAGUACAAAAGGCUGCUACAAGGCAAAAAGGCGCUUUUCGCAUGUUCUUAAUAGCUCUCAGGUCAUGUGCCUGGUAUCACAGAAUCGGGACCUUAAUUUUGUUGCUUCUGCUGAUAGACUGUUCCGGGAUAGUCGUUAGAGGUAAAGGACAUAGCCACAACGCAGAAGUCUACUUGGUACCAGGAGCAUAUCAUGGCCUUUCAAACCAGAGGAUGUGCAUUGCAAAUGCAAUUGCUAUGGCUUUGAGAAAGCAUUGGACACUUGUUCUACCAGAAUUACGCUUCAAUUAUCCAGAUGUUCCAAAUCUCUACUCUGAACCGUUCGAGUUCUUCUUUGAUCUUUCUGCUUUGAAGACACUUUCUUCUUACGGGUUGUCAGUUGCCACCUCCCUUCCUAUGUCAAAGCACCAAGUUUGCUUGACACAGCUGCAGCAUUCCCUAGACCAUGCCAUCAGUCCCUCCAUGCACACUCUGGAUGCUUGGGCAGACCGACACGGUGUGGUGUGCUUGCAUGACCGCCACACCAUCGAUAAUCCCUGGACAGAACAAUACAUGAACGAUGUCUUGAAACAACAAAUACGGAAGGCACUUCGACCAUCUUUACAGUUCAGAGAAGAAAUUGAAAAUGCACUGUCAAGGUUGAAAGAGAUCAUGGGUACACUUCAUUUUCUCGCUCUUCAUGCGAGGAUGGAAGACGAUUGGAAGAAUUAUUGCAAGGGUGAGCUAUUUCAGGGAGAUCUCUGCUAUAUUGGAGAAGAAGGCUUGGUAUCUUUCUUGCUGGAAGACCUCAAGCUGAAAAACAAGUCAGCUGUGUACAUUGCGUCUGGUGGCAAAAAAAGCAACAUGACCCUCUUCUGUAAAACAUUCCAGUGCUUUACAAAGGACGAUGUUUGGCAGCCGACUACAUCCCUUAUUCCUCAUGCGGAGGCAUCGCUCGUGAAUUCUUAUGUCGAUUUUCUCAUCACCCAACAAGCAUAUUCCUUUGUUGGCAAUAGGCACUCAACAUUCUCCAUGGAGUUGUACCACAUCUUCCGAGACAAUGGAAAGAUCGCUACGUUCGCGAAUGAAUUGAAAUGCCCACCGGGAAAGAACGUGACGUACCUUGGCUGCAAGCCUGUCAAUAUCUUAAGCUGCUGUAGCUGAACCGUUGUUAAACAUAUCUGGCAUACAAAUGCCGUAUGCCAAACCUGCAAGUAUACCUGUAAAUUAUCAAAAUC